AUGGAGAAGAACGUUGUGGUUGAGGACGACAUCAGCUCGUUGAUCGGACAUUUCGCAAAGGAGACGUUCAAAUGCACCAACAGCGAUUCGUUCGGUUUGGAUGUUAUGGAAAAAUGUUUAAAUCUAUUGCGUCUGGACUACAAAUUUAUGAUUAUUGAUAACAGCAAAGGGCGUAUAAAUGAGCAAUAUCCGCAUAAAAUACCAAUUUUACAACAUGAAAAGUUUCCAAGAGGUCCAAGAACUUCAUCUAGUUCUGUUGAUGACAUUUCACCAAAAGGAAAUUGUAAUAGAAAAAGAAACAGUUUAGGUGCACCUUCACCUAGUAAUCAUUCAUCUCCAGAACCCUUCGUGCGAUCUCAAUCACCAAGGCUUAGUAGCCCAAAAAAAUCUAGUGAUAUAGUUGGUACUGAUGUAGUAUUAAUUGAUACUUUGAUCAAUGAAGCCAAAUUUGCACGAUGUCGCAAUCGCUUUGUUGUACCGGUAAUAUUAUACCAAGGAAGAUAUAUUUGCAGGUCUUCAACAAUAGCAAGAAUGACAGAAAUAGGUCUGGGAACUGCAACAGCAAAAGGUCUGUCUUUUGAAGAAUUCCGACAAUUGGAUACAAAAAGAAAAUGUGAUGUAGAAUUACUUAAUGCUUGGAAAGUAGGAACUAUUAUUGAUUUAAUGGUUGAAAAUGAAAAGCGGAAAUUUUCAUUAUCCGUAACAUCUUCAGAAAAAGUAGACGAUACUCAAAAAUAUUCUGUGUUUCGUAUUAUACCUACACCAUACCCAGGGUGUGAAUUUUUCCUCGAUUUUAAGAAAAAUAAUUACAACUCUGAAGGUUUAAUGUUUAAUUGGUCUGAUCCGUAUAUUAAUUCAACGCUUAAUGUGAAACCCAAUCCUGCUGUUGAUCAAUUGGAUAUUCAAUGGAGUAAAUACAAGGAGUGGGACUUGCGGCAAUUGACAGAAAACUACUUGAGUUUGAUGUUAAAAUAUGUUUGGUGUUCAUCAAAAGGAAUAUUAAUACAUUGCAUCAGUGGUUGGGAUCGUACACCAAUGUUCAUAUCACUAUUGAGAAUGUCCUUAUGGGCUGAUGGUGUUAUCCAUAAAUCAUUAUCUCCUAGCCAGAUUCUGUAUUUAACACUUGGGUACGACUGGUAUUUAUUCGGACAUAACCUUCAAAAUCGUCUUGAAAAAGGAGAAGAUAUAAUGCAUUUUUGUUUUCAUUUCCUCAAAUACAUUUUUAGUGAUGAUUUCAAGACACCUACUAAGGCUUCCGCAGUUACGGCACCAAGUAGUCCUAAAUAUUCCUCAUACAUGAGUGAAUUUGAUUUAACUGAUUUGGAUCAAUUGGAUAUUCGUUCACGGAAUAACAGUAAUGGCAGUAAUGAAGAUUUAACAAACGGUAAGUCUUAUGAUAUGUUGGAAGAUAAUCAUUCACAAUUUGAUUUUGAACAAACGGCAACACCUAAACUAAAAUCAAUAAAAAAACCGGCAGAGAAAUUUUUUAUAAAAGAAACAAUAUAUGAAAUGGAAGACAUUGAGGACAUUGAUGAUGAUGAUUUUAUUAUGUCUGAUGAAGUAGAAACAAAACGGUACAAAUGCUCAUCUCCUCGCAGGCGGCAUCGUUCAGUUAGGUCUCCAGAAUUAGAUUUUGAUUACGACGAUUGUGAAAUCCCUUCCAAUUUGGAUAGAACUAUGCCGGUUGAUAUGCCUACUUCACAUAAACAUAUAAGAACCUAUUCAAAUUCAAGCGAGACUGAUGAGUGGUCAAUGGUAACUCAAACCGGUAGCCUAAAUGGUAAUGAUAUGUCUGAGAAUAGAUUUCGACCUAUUUCAUCACGAGAAAACAGAUUAUCUGCUGUUAGAGAAUUGUUCCAUAAAUGUUACAGUACAUACGGCUACAAAACGGACGGUCCAGAAGGUAUUCUCAGCAAAUUAUUAUUUUGA